GCCGGGGUCACGGGGUCAUCCCGCGGAAGAUGGCGGCGGCGGGGACGUUGACCUUCGGUCGCUUUCUGGGCCGCAGCCUCGGUGCUUCCCGGGGCCUCCCUGUGGCCCACAGGUGUUUUGGUGUGAAGAUAUCACCCUCAGGGGAGAAAAUUACCCACACGGGCCAGGUUUAUGAUGAAGAAGAUUACAGGAAGAUUCGCUUUGUUGGUCGCCAGAAAGAGGUAAAUGAAAACUUUGCAGUUGAUUUGAUAGCAGAGCAACCAGUGACUAAAGUGGAAAGUCGAGUGAUAUCAUGUGAUGGUGGAGGAGGAGCUCUGGGUCAUCCAAAAGUAUACAUAAACUUGGACAAAGAGACUAAAACUGGAACUUGUGGGUAUUGUGGACUUCAGUUUGAACAACACCACCAUCACUAAAACCAGUUCUCUUCUUUGGGCCUUGUAUAAUUCUCUGCAUGUAAGGAUUUUAGUAUUUUGUAAAAAAUGCUUCUUUAAGAAUUAUAACAUAAGCUUUGUUUUAAAAAUAUUCAAUGAAUAAAAUAUAAUUAUUGAGUAUAA